AUUUUAACGCGACACAAUACUACUACUACUACUAAUUAUAAUAAUAAUGAUAAUAAUAUGUUUUUGGAUAAUAAUAUACUCCCAUGAAACUUUAGUAUUCCGUUCAAGUGGAAAAAACAACACGAUAUAUUAUUUGGUUAUAUACAUGUGAUUUCGUGAUCUACAGUAAACAGAUUUUAGAUGCCUUAAACUACAUUUUGUCCCCUGUUGUUAUUUAUUAGUGCUGAAGGAGAGUAGCCUUCACAAAAACAACAGCAACGAGCAUCGCGACACCUUCUAAAUGAUUAAAAUACGGAUAAGCACCAAUCGCAGUUUUCCGCAAAGACGACACAUAUUUCACAGAAAUAUUUUUAACAAUAGCAUUUUAACAGUGUUUCAUGGCGGCGAGGUAACUGUAAUUCAAAUACUGCUACUACGUAUAGUGACUAUACAAAUCGACAUGUAGUCACCAUCAUGCACCUUGCAUCUGAUCUUCUCCGGAGGCGCAGUUAGAGAUGGAUGAUAGGGGGGCUGAGUUUUUACUAUUUUUUGGGGGGGUGGGGCACAUUUUAGAGGGGCUUAAGCCCCUAAAAUAGGCCAAAAGACGCCCGUGCUGAUAAACAAUGUGUACGUAAAAAUUUUUCACGUUAAACUACCUUAAAAUCAGGAUGGGUACUGUAACUGUUGUCUUUUGUACUGUUGUACUUUUUUAAGGCAUUUCAUGUAAUAUAGCCCGGUAAAAUUAAUAUUAAUUAAUUAAACUAAAGUAAGACAGAAAGCUAAACGACACUUGAUUUUCUUCAGUUUCAUGAGACUUUUUGUAAUUCUCAGUGCCCAUUAGUUACUAUAUAAUGAUGUUAGUAGACUUAAUAUAAAACGUGAGUUUUAUUCAGAGCAAGAAAGAUUGGUCAUUUAUUCAUUUAUUUGCUUUUGUGUUAUUUUGGUAACUGCUGCGGAUUAUUAAUGGACAAACGUAACUGUAAAUCAAACGUCAGUGAAGCGACACAUUUUCCUCCACAUAAUUUAGAGCCCUUGACGCUUAAAUAUCUGUACAUUUAUAAUUAGCUAAAAUACACGGGUAGAACAUUCCUGCUGUACUCUGGACGAUACGUUGAAUGUUCUACCAAAACCAGCAGUGAUAAAAAAGGUGAUUUGCUCUCUUGAAGCUCUACGUACGGUUUUGCCUUUAAUUUGUCAGUGCACGUGUGAGCUACUAAAUGUUUCUCUAUGGUAUAGUAUGCAGAAACUUCCUGAAAUAUUCUGCACGUCUGUGAAAGGCAUCUUGCAUUUUACCCCUAUGAAAUGGGGGGAGAUUAAGAUUCCACCAAGAGAGCAUCACUAAUGUUUUUGCAUUGACUGUAUUGAUCAGGGAAACGUGAGCUGGUGACGUGAACAUUCCCUGGUUCCAUUAACAACAAAAAACACUACCACCUCUCAGAAGAGAGGAUGGGAAAGUCAGCGUCUAUCCUCUUUCGUUAUGACAUCAUUGUUUUCCCUUUCUGUACUUUUAAAUGUCUUUUUUACUGCAGUGCAGUUUUCAUUUUUUUACAGUCCAAUGAAAAAGAACUACAGGAAAUUGCCCGAUUUACUUUAUUCUUGCAAAAAGAAUACCUGGUCCGCCCCUUGUGUUUAGUAACAGAGAAUCCGAUCUCUGUUAACCAUUUCAUUAAUACUUCCAUUGCAUUUGGAACAAAAUGAAUAUUGUCACUUCAGAAGAAAUAGCGCAAGGAUAAAUCUCAGAGCUGUCAUGGAAUCGGUGAGUUUUUCUGUCUGUGGUACGUUAUGGCAAAAUUCAAGCCUAUAGAAGAUCAUACAAUUGCACAUACGUGGAGUUCUUUUCUGAAAGUGCUGACCAAAUGAAAGAUUCUGUAGUUAAAGCCCACGUGUCCUGCUGUCAGUUUUAUGCGCUCAGAUCGCUAUUUUUAAAUCCCUGUCAGGACUGAAUCAACAGCUAUGUAUAGCUUUAGCAUGCAGUCACCCAAAUUCCUGCUUUUUAAUUUCAUUUAUCAUCCAUCCAUCUCGCCUUAACCAUUAUUUGUUGUGUAGCUCAUGCUCUGAUGCUGCUACACUUGUACCCUAGAAAUUCAGCCUAGCCGCACUUACGCCUAGUCGACUCCUUGACAGCAUGUAUGUUUGCAGUUGCUGUUUGCCUUCGCUUUGAGCAAAAGUGUCCGGUAAAUACAAGUAAAUGUUAAGUAAAUGGAAUAUAACACAGAGCUGCCAAGAACAAAAAAUAAUCACCUCACAAGAAUAUUGGAAAAAGUUAAACAUAAACAUUCAUUCUUUGCAGGCACAUACUUGGGUUAAUUGUGAAGAAUUUAUGUAUUGUUUUCUCUAUCUGCUACAUGUAUUUCAACAGAAUAACAAAUAAACUAAUAUGUAUACAGAAAACAAUCAAUGCGUAUUUCGGCAGCUGCACGCCUCGUAUCUCUGAGCCCCCUCCAUGCAUCAUUCCAAGCCCCGCCUCCUUUUAAAGCCAACCAACAGCAGCUGUUCCCUAUUCAUCAGCCACGAAGCCUUAAAGAGCCCCGGUCUAGCCAUGAGCCAGUUGUUCCUCCCGUCCUCCUCCGCCUUUCCUUCCCUCCGCCUGUCUCCCUCCUCCCUCCCUCCACUCCGCCUUAGUGACUCUGGUUUCAUUGGGCACUCCUUCUCCUGCCGCCUCGCGUCUCCGCAUGUCAAGCAGGGGCACGCCACUGAGUGGAAGGCAAUAGCGACUGUGAAGUACCUGUCCCCGCGGGAGGAGGGGAGGGAGGUGCUUGGAGUGAGGGAUCCACCUUGGACUGGGGGAGAGAAGAGGUGGUUUUUGGUGCACUGUUCCCCCUAGAAGGCAUCCAUUCCUGUUUUUGGGGGACGUCUCUGCUGCCUCUUGUGGAAUAGUGACACUGCAGUGAUGGAUGUUUCAGAACUCUGCAUCCUGGACACUCUGAACUACCAUAACCAGCUGCUGAGCAGAAUGGCUACAGAUGACCACCACUGCAGGCCCUUCAUUAAGACGGAGCCCCCUAGCCCCUCCUCGGCCCUCGACACGGCCAGCCUAGCCAGCCCCAGCAGCACCUCAGACACCAGCGGCGGCUACACGGCCACCACCACCAGUCACUCCUACAGCCCUGACUCCCCGUCCACCUUGGUGGCCAAUGCGCCUGGAGCCAGGGUUUACCAUGAACGCUACGAUGAUGUCCGGCCCGGGGUCACUGCCAGCAUCCACUCCUACAGCCCUGACUCCCCGUCCACCUUGGUGGCCAAUGCGCCUGGAGCCAGAGCUUACCACCGACCCUACAAUGAUGUCUGGCCCAGUGCCACCGCAGAAGAUGUGUCUGUGAAGUGCACCUAUGCUCUGAGCUCUGUGUCCAAGAGGCUCUGCCUCGUCUGUGCUGACAUGGCAUCGGGGUACCAUUAUGGUGUAGCCUCCUGCGAGGCGUGCAAAGCCUUUUUCAAACGGACAAUACAAGGAAACAUUGAGUACAGCUGCCCAGCCACAAGUGAGUGUGAGAUCACGAAGCGGAGACGCAAGUCCUGCCAGGCCUGCCGCUUCACCAAGUGUCUGAAAGUGGGGAUGCUUAAGGAAGGGGUACGCCUGGACCGCGUGCGAGGUGGCAGGCAGAAGUAUAAGCGGAGGCUGGAUGCUGAGAACCUCACCUACCUGGGCCUCCCACUGCCUCCCCCAGACAAAAAGCCAUUGACAAAGAUGGUGUCCCGCCUGCUGAUAGCAGAGCCAGAGAAGAUUUAUGCCAUGCCCGACCCCAGCCUGCCUGAAGGAGACAUCAAGGCCCUGACAACACUGUGUGAUCUGGCUGAUCGGGAACUGGUUGUCGUCAUUGGCUGGGCCAAGCAUGUGCCAGGCUUUUCCAACCUGUCACUGACAGACCAGAUGAAUCUACUGCAGAGCGCUUGGAUGGAGAUCCUGAUCUUGAGCAUAGUGUUCCGCUCGCUGCCCUGUGAUGACGAGCUCGUGUAUGCAGAGGACUAUGUCAUGGACGAAAGCAGCGCCCGUCUCACUGGCCUGCUGCACCUGUAUGGCUCGAUUCUGCAGCUGGUGCGCAGGUACAAGAAACUAAGGCUGGAGAAGGAAGAGUUUGUCACGCUCAAAGCCAUCGCUCUCGCCAACUCAGAUUCUAUGCACAUAGAAAACGUGGAGGCUGUAGAAAAGCUGCAGGACAGCCUACAUGAAGCCCUGCAGGACCAUGAGGACAGCCGACACCCAGAAGAUCCACGGAGGGCAGGAAAGCUGCUGAUGACCCUGCCCCUCCUCCGGCAGAUCUCAGGCAAGGCUGUGCAGCAUUUCUACAGCAUCAAAGUGCAGGGCAGGGUGCGCAUGCACAAACUCUUCCUGGAGAUGCUCGAGGCAAAGGUCUAAUGCAGAGCCUGGCACUACCCAGGGAGACACAGACAUUUUAACUGUCCUUUAUCCUUUACAAAGACACACACGGGUACCAUAUAAAGGGCAAAAGACACACUGAAGUUGACUUUAACAGAUUCAUGGAAAUGCUUGAGAUUAAUUUAAACAUUAUACUGUAUAAGUACUGAAGAUGGAAGUGAGUUUUGGUUGUUCUAUAUCAAGGGUGUCAAACUCCAGUCCUGGGGGGCUGGCGCCCUGCACAUUUUUGGGUUUCCCCUCAUUUAACACAUGUGAUUCAACUCCUUGUGCUAAUUACCACACAGCUCUUGAGCUGAAUCAUUUGUGGUGCAACAGGGAAAGAGCUAAGCUACACAGGGCUCCGGCCCCCCAGGACUGGAGUUUGGUACCCCUGUCCUAUAUGAUCUGUGCAAAAAUAAACCUCACCUCAUUGCAUAUAUCCAAAGGGAACCAGCCCCGCGGCUUAUGAUUGUGAUUUUCUCUCUGUAAACACGGCACUAUGCAUUUCUUAUCAAGACACUUUCAACAAUCUUAAAGGUCUGGAAAAAUUAGCAGUUUUUUCACAUUUUAUGGACAAAUAUGCAUUCUGUGAGGGUCAUUGAUGCAGAAACCUAAGGCAUACCUCUUUCAAGUCUUCACAUAGCUGUGUGAAUAAUAGUUCAAGUCUAAAGAGGAGGCUGAUUGUACUAUAUGCUAGUUUUUUCUUCUAUAUAAUCUCAGCAAUAAGAGAAGAUCUUUCUCUAAUUCUAGAGAACCUGAGUCUUGCAGCUUAAACCACAGACCUCCUGGCCAGUGGUCAUAGCGAUUCCGUAUCUGUGUGUGAGAAAGUAUGAGUGACAGAGAAUGCAUUUGUUAUUUUUCUGUGUUGCCAAAGGAUCAAUCCCCACAGAGAGCAGACUUUCCAUUUAAAAUACUCACCAAUCCUCCAGGCAUCGUAAGGCCUGAAAAGUAUUUGGAGAGUGGGAAUAUUCUAGAAGGCAUUCCAUGUGUAGGCAAUGGUGUUCAAAGACUCCGCUACUUGUUGAAAGGUCUAGUCCACUGCAGGAUUGAGUUGGACCCCAGUAGCACAUCUAGCAGUGAGCAGCCUGUUUGCACAUUUAGCUCCUCGUGACACAGAAGUCCAAGUGUGGCUUCUGACAUUCAAACAGUGAACAAUAUCUAGCUGCCAGCAUGUGUCUUCUGAUGCAUUAGCAAUGCUAAGCUAUGAGUGACUAAGUGUUGGCAUCGUUGUGAUACAUGCAGCUAACUCAAUGAGGUAAACAAGGUGGGGAAGAUGGUGGCACAGGAGGUAGUGCUUUCGUUCGGCAACUGGAGGGUUGCAGGUUCGAGCCCUGGUUCCUCCUGACCACAUCAAAGUGUCCUUGAGCAAGACACUGAACCCCAAAUUGCUCCCGGUGAGCAGGUUGGCACCUUGCAUGGCAGCCUCUGCCACCGGUGUGUGGAUGGGUGAAUGUGAGGCAUGAAAUGUAAAGCGCUUUGAGUACUCGUAGGAGUAGAAAAGCGCUAUAUAAAUGCAGUCCAUUUACCAUUUAAACAAGCUCUCACUGUUAUUUUGUCUGCUACUACCCAUAAUGUCAAGGAGAAAAAAAAAUCUUAAGGUAACAGUUCAGACUGAUCAUCAUGUUUGUGCGCGAUGCCUAGUGCUUUCUACACACAUCUACAAUCACCACAUCAACCCAACUGCCCAAAAGAGACUGCAAUUGUAAGAGUUAUUUCAGGUUUAUUUUACAAAACCAGUAAGUGAUCCAACAGUGGAUUAUCCUGCUCCUGCUUUUUUAGGAACGUAUUUGCUGUUUGGCUCUUGCCUCUUAUUUGUUCACUGUAUUUGUGCAUUUUUGCUGAAGCCUGUAUUUACUGAAAUAAUGAUGGAGAAUCAGAAUCAAAUAAAUAAAUAAAUAUGUGCUGUGUAAUUUUUUUCCUUGACAUGGCUAAUUCUGGUGCUUCAUUUCUGCAGUGAUACGGUUUAACCAGUUACAUAGCUCUGGGAAUAAUCACAACAGUCUUUAUUCUGAGUUUAAUUUCUGUCUGUAAUUCAGUUUGAUUUUUGUAUUUUUGUUUUCUCAUGCUAGCCAAACUGCCACAUUCUUUCACAGUCUGUUUACUGUAACCCUGACAUUCAUUGUAACCAUAUAGCUGUUGACGUCUCUUUCAUGUGAUGUAUUUGAAAAACAAUUCAAUGUGAGCUAUCGGCAUGGCAGACAUUUUAUGUGAAGUUUGAAAGAAAAUUUAGGAGGACAUAAAAGAUCACGAUCUCUACAAUUUGCAUGAAAAGUACAUCGUGGACGUCUUCAAGAUCAACCUGGAUAUAAAAUUGUCAAACGGCGCAUAGUAUUCUGUCCUGUGCUGAGAUUGUUUACACGACAAUUUCUUCAAUUAAAUUAACUUAAAAUGCAAUGUUAGAAUUAAAGAGAGGUGAAGCAGGUCAGUACCCAUUUGUCCUACAGAGGCAGGUAUUUGGUGAGUACAGGAGGAAGUUGUUCCCGGAGACAGGUGUAGUUUUCAAUAAUUCAAUAAUCUGACAUAAAAAUAAAGAUAUCUACUUUUCAAGCAAACAGCGUGAAUUUUCUCAUGAAACAAUUCGUAUGAAGUACCUUCCCUGUUGUAGCAGACGAUGUCCUAGUUUUGGAAAUAGAUUUGUUGUUGUAAGGUUAGUUCUGUAACUGUUGCUACUGACGUUUGUCCUGCAGGGAUUUUAGCUGACAGCAGUGGAGGGAGGCAGCGUGUUAUGUUGUUAUAUUAAAGUUCUAAUCCCACAGCUGCCCACAGUAGUGGUGCUUCUGCAUUGUUGCAAUAUAAACCCAAUAGAUUAGGCCAAUUUUCUUUGAUUCAUUAAAACUCCAUCCACAGUGGCCCUUUUAAUUGAAUUCUUUUGCCUAUACUUAUGGUUUUAAUUGACUUAGAUAAUUGUAAUAGACCAUUAAAUAGAAUUAGCAG